CAGAGAGGGAGGCCCUGGCUCUCUGCUGCGGCUCUCUCCCGGGGUGGGGGAGAGGGGCUGCUAAGCUUUCCUGGGGCAGUUAUACAGGCAGCUGCCUCUGGGAUGGACGAUGGCUGGGAACGUACCUGAGAACGGUGGGGCUACUGCGCAGAACAGCCCAGAGCAGGGCAACCGGGAGCAGGAAAACCCAGAACAGGGACACUCAGAGCAAAGCAGCACAGAACAGGACAACCUGGAGCAGGGAAAUCCAGAACAGGGCAACCUGGAGCAGGGAAACCCAGAACAGGGCAACACUGAGCAGGGAAACCCAGAACAGGGCAACCUGGAGCAGGGAAACCCAGAGCAGGGCAACACUGAGCAGGGAAACCCAGAACAGGGCAACACUGAGCAGGGAAACCCAGAACAGGGCAACCUGGAGCAGGGAAACCCAGAGCAGAGAAACCCAGAACAGGGCAACCUGGAGCAGGGAAACCCAGAACAGGACAACACUGAGCAGGGCAGCCCAGAACAGGGAAACCCAAAACAGGGCAACACUGAGCAGGGAAACCCAGAGCAGGGCAACACUGAGCAGGGCAACGCUGAGCAGGGAAAUCCAGAACAGGGCAACACUGAGCAGGGCAGCCCAGAACAGGGCAACGCUGAGCAGGGAAACCCAGAACAGGGCAACACUGAGCAGGGCAGCCCAGAACAGGGAAACCCGGAACAGAGCAGCCCGGAGCAGAGCUGCCCCAAGCCCAGGCACUUCUUAAAGGAUGUCAUUUUUCAUGGGAAAUUUCAACUGCUGAAGGCUCUGGCCCCAGAGGAGAACACAAGGUGCAGACAGGGUCUGUACUUCCAGGAUGGCGAGCGCCGUGUGGACUAUGUGCUGACGUACUCGGUGAAGAAGCCCAACACCGACUACUCGCGCCGAUCCUCCCGCCUCAUUGACAAUGCUCUGACCCGCAGCCUGAGGCAAAGCCUGCGGCGAGGCCACGCCCACCCAGCCCAGCUCGAUCCUGAGGCCGCCGCCCAGGAUCACAGCCCCGACUACCACGAGGAAGACAGGCGCCUCCACCGGGAGGAGUUUGAGGGGAACCUGCGAGACGUGGGCUUGGAGCUAGAGAGGGACGAGGAUGCCAAAACUCCUGGAGUUGGGUUUCUGAAGAUACAUGCCCCCUGGCACGUACUUUGUCGAGAAGCGGAGUUCAUGAAGCUCAAGAUGCCGACAAAAAAAGUGUAUGAGGUCAAUCAGGGAAGAAACCUGUUGGAGAAGAUCAACACAUUCUUUAAAAAAGUGACAGAACCACUGCAGCCCAAUGUAGAAGAGACAAGGACAAGCAACUUGAAGCAUCUUUGCUACACCUUCUCUAGAGAAAAAAAGCACCUGUUUGACCUGUCGGACAAAGACUCCUUCUUUGACAGUAAAACAAGAAGCUCAAUUGUGAGUAUAAGCAUGAAACCAUCAAAACCUUAACAUUCUUAUGGAAUUACCAGCCUGCUUGGUCAUGGAGUAUAUACGGCUGCUUACCCCUUACACGAUGGGGAUGUCGAUGGUGAAAACACAGAGCUCAACGACAGGAAGCUUUUGUAUGAGGAAUGGGCCAGCUACAGUGUGUUCUACAAGUAUCAGCCCAUUGGCCUGAUCAGAAAGUACUUUGGAGAUAAGAUUGGUCUCUACUUCGCCUGGUUGGGGGUGUACACCCAAAUGCUGAUCCCUGCUUCCUUGGUGGGGAUCAUCGUCUUCUUGUACGGCUGUGCUACAGUGGAUGAUGACAUUCCCAGCAUGGAGAUCUGUGACCCCGAGAACAACAUCACCAUGUGCCCCUUGUGUGACCGCGCCUGCAGCUACUGGAAGCUCAGCACCGCCUGUGCGACGGCGCGAGCGAGCCACCUCUUCGACAACCCCGCCACCGUCUGCUUUUCCGUCUUCAUGGCGCUAUGGGCUACUAUGUUUUUGGAGCACUGGAAGAGGAAACAGAUGGGACUCAACUACAAAUGGGAUCUCACAGGAUUCGAAGAAGAGGAGGACCAGCCAAGGCCGGAGUACGAGUUCUGCGUAAUGCAGAAGCGCCUCAGAAAGGACCAGAAGACCCAAAAGGGAAAUAAGGAAAAGCUGACUUGUAGAGACCGGUGUCAAGCCUAUAUGACUAACCUGGCCAUGAUGCUGCUAAUGGUUAGCCUGACCUUUGCCAUCCUGUUUGGCAUCAUACUAUACCGGAUCUCCGCCAAGGUUGCCCUGCACAUGAGCUCGAACCCCACCACCCGCUCCAACGUGCGCCUGACGGUCCUCACCACCUCCGCCAUCAUUAACCUGGUGGCCAUUCUCAUUCUGGACGAGGUCUACGGGGUGGUCGCCCGCCGGCUCACCGUCCUGGAGGUGCCAAAGACUGACAGGAGCUUUGAAGAGAGACUGAUAUUUAAAACUUUCAUCCUGAAGUUUGUGAAUGCCUUCACCCCCAUCAUGUACAUAGCCUUCAUCAGAGGCAGGCUUGUUGGUCACCCAGGAAGCUAUUUGUAUGUUUUUGAUUCAUACCGGAUGGAGGAGUGUGCUCAUGGAGGUUGUCUGAUGGAGCUCUGCAUACAGCUCAGUAUUACCAUGCUGGGGAAACAGCUGAUCCAGAACAACCUGUUUGAGAUCGGCAUCCCAAAACUGAAGAAGCUGAUCAGGCACAUUAAGUCAAAGAGGAGCUCCUUCCAGGAGGAGGAAGGGGGGAAAAAACUGCAGCGCUACGAAACCGACCACUUCCUGGAGCCCUUUGCCGGCCUUGCCCCUGAGUACAUGGAGAUGAUAAUCCAGUUUGGGUUUGUGACCCUGUUUGUGGCCUCGUUCCCCUUGGCACCACUCUUUGCCUUGCUCAACAACAUCAUUGAGAUCCGCCUUGACGCCAAGAAGUUUGUGGCAGAACUGCGGAGGCCGGUGGCUGCAAAAGCCAAAGACAUCGGGAUCUGGUACAACAUUCUCAGAGGGAUUGGAAAAGUUGCUGUCAUCUUAAAUGCUUUUGUGAUCUCCUUCUCGUCAGACUUCAUCCCUCGGCUUGUGUACCAGUACAUGUACAGCCCAGAUGGUUCCAUGCACGGGUUCGUAAACCACACCCUGUCCUACUUCAACAUCAGCCACUUCCAGGAACGCACGAAACCCCUCGAACCCCUGUACCUGGGCUACCAGGUGGACAUGUGCAGGUACAAAGACUACAGGGAGCCGCCCUGGUCCCAGACCCCCUACGAAGUGUCCAAGGAAUUCUGGGCCGUGCUGGCUGCCCGACUGGCCUUCAUCAUCGUCUUUCAGAAUGUGGUGAUGGUGAUGAGCGAUGUGGUGGACUGGCUGAUUCCAGACAUCCCCAAGGACAUCAGUGCACAGAUACAGAAGGAGAAAGUCCUGAUGGUGGAAAUGUUCAUGAAAGAGGAGCAGAGGAAGCUGCAGGUUCUGGACAUCUGGAGCCUACACCGGAAUGACAAAGACCCCUGCAAGAACUGCAGACCCAGGCCCCGCCCCUGCCCACGACCUGGCCCCGCCCACACGACCCAACGCCUGCCCCCUGCGCACCUGUCCACGCAUUCCACAGAAUGAGCAGGCCCCCCUUGUGGGAAAGGCUACAGAAGGGUGGGACAGCACCGACACCAUGGAAACUUGCCAUUUUCCUUUCACCCGUUGUCCAAUCAGCUGCUGCCAAGACACCCUGAGCUGAUGGUGUGGCCAAUGAGCCACAGCCUUUCUAUUGAACAGUGGACCACAUUCUGGGGGGGUGGGUGUGCCUUUUGUACAAAAUUAGCCAGCAAGUGAUACAGAUAUUUUUUAGCACACAGCCUGUCCUGCAGUCAGAUUUUUUAAAUUUAUUUCCCCUUUUAAUGUAUAGUUGUUGCUUUUUAAGCAUGUAGAAGGUUUCAUUGUAUGCUGCUUUUCUAACAAUAUACACAUCAUAAAUAGAAAAAAGCCCUAUUAAUUUGUUGUCAGAUCAUUGGAUAAUUGGUGUAACUUUAUAAAAGGGAAUGUUCAGGUUUGCACAUUGUUUUCAAAAUUUAUAGUUGAUUCUUUUGCUGUUGUCGAAAUGAUCUAAGAGAUUAAGUGUAUUCAGAUUAUGAACCGAGAGAGACUUAACUGUUUUCAAAUCAAAAUCAUAUCUUUGUAUGGCACUUUUUACAGAAAACUGUCACAAAGAUGCUUUACAGAGUAGCAGAAAAUGGAAUAAUCUGAGAAAACCCGAGCAAAAAGAGUAAAAACCAGGCCUGAACCCCCAAAUAGCAAGCACAUGAAAAACUCCCUGGGGGCAGAACAACUCUCAAACGAUGGCCAUAAAAAACUCCCCAGUGGGGAGAAAUCUCAGGAGCCCAUCUUCUGCUGACUGGCCUAGUGUAAGGUAGAAUGGAAUGUAACAGAAAUGCAAUAAGGGAUCUAUCACAGUAAAUAAAAUUGGUUUAGUAGGUUACAGUUGAGGUAAUAAACUAACAGGAAUAAUGGAAGACCUGUUGUAUAGUUCAGUGUUGUGCUGUCCAGAGGGGCAGGGUGAUACAUCUGAAGCUCCAGGCUGUAUCAAGGCAUGGGCAGGGGAGGAACAGGGCUGAAGCAGUCUAUGACCUUAGAGCAAGGGACAGGGCUGGAGCGGUCUAUGACCAUAGAGCGAGGGACAGGGCUAGAGCGGUCUAUGACCAUAGAGCGAGGGACAGGGCUAGAGCAGUGUAUGACCACAGAGCGAGAGACAGGGCUGGAGCGGUCUAUGACCAUAGAGCGAGGGACAGGGCUAGAGCGGUCCAUGACCACAGAGUGAGGGACAGGGCUGGAGCGGUCCAUGACCAUAGAGCGAGGGACAGGGCUGGAGCGGUCCAUGACCAUAGAGUGAGGGACAGGGCUGGAGCAGUCCAUGACCAUAGAGCGAGGGACAGGGCUGGAGCAGUCUGUGAACUCAGGGCGAGGGAGGGGCUGGGAAGGAGAAACAGAGAAGAUAAUGUUAGGCACUGUAAAGACUGUCAAAAAACAUGCAGUCUGUGUGCCAAAAAAGUAGAACAAACACUAGGAUAGAAGCUUCAUCCAGCUACUACACGAUCCUCGGCCACCAGUGUAUAACCUAUGAUGGCUAUGGCAGCCACUACUGAGUGCUCUCCUACUGGAGCCCCAACCCGAUUUCAGUUUAUGUUCUAACCCUGCUAGGCUAACUCAGAUCAUGCAUUCAUGAACUAAGCUAAACUGCCAAGAUCUGUUAAGGCCAGCGUGACGCUUGACGCUAAGCUACCUAGUGUGCCAACUUUGUCGAGGCCAGCUUGACACUUGAAACUAAGUUACGUAGUGUGUCAGUUUUAAGGAGGUUUAAGAUAUUUUUAGGUUCCUUUAUGAUGUCAGUGUGCUGAAGUAAGCAUGUUGGUUUACACAUCAUAUGGAUAUCAUUAAACUGCCACAGUACCAACAUCUCUCAUGAAUUUAAAUGAACCUCAUAAAAUCUCAGCAGAUUAUGUCUUCCUCACAAGGCAAUAACCAAACAGUUUUUCCAUUUGUUUAAUGAUUGAAUGGUAAAUAUUUGUCUUAACGUUGUUUUGUCCAUAUUAUAUGAUUGCUUAAAUGCCAAAGAUAACAGUUGAACAUUUAAUUCUGAAAAAUCUAGCUAAGUACAGAAAGACUGACAAUAAUUUCAUUUUAAACAUGGUCUACUGUCGCAUUUCAGAUUCCGUUCAUUGAUCUCAGUACUGAAAGUUAAAUUUGUGUUUGAUUUUAAAGGGCUCUAAACACGAUACUGUGCCAUGAAAAAGUAUUUGCUUCUUCCAUAUUUCCUCUAUUGCAUAUUUGUCGCACUGAAUGGUUUCAGAUUGUUACACAAAAUGUAAUAAUAGAUAAAGGGAACCUUUUUAAAAAAAAUGAUUAUUUAAUAUAUUCAAUGAAAAAAAUGAUCAAAUACACAUAUCAUCCAAGUGACAAAACCUUAAACUUGAAGGAAAUGUAGCACACUCUUCUUUGCAGAACUGCUUUAAUUCAGACAAAUAGGUUUUCAAGCAUGAACUGCUUGUUUCAGGUCCUGCCACAGCAUCUCUAUAGGCAUCAAGUCAGGACUUGGACUAGACCGCUCCAAAACUUUGAUUUUGUUUCUUUUCAGCCAUUUAGUUGUGGACUUGCUUUUGUGUUUUGGAUCAUUGUCUUGCUGCAUAAACCAGUUAUGCUUCAGCUUCAGCUCAGUGACAGAUGACCAGACAUUCUCCUUAAGAAUUUUCUGGUGCAGAAGAAUUCAUGGCUCCUUCAAUAAUGACAAGUCAUCCUGGUUCUGAGGCAGCAAAGCAUGCCCACACCAUCACACUAGCGCCACCAUGUUUGCUUGUUGGUAUGAUGGGAAAUGCUGUAUGUGCUUUACGUCAGACAUACUGGGACCCGUGUCACCAACAAUUUCCCAUUUCUGUCCAUACAACAAAAGGCGGAAGAAUCAUCCUUGUGUUUUUUUUUUUUGCAAAUGUGAGCCUACCAUUGACGUUUCCUUGGUUAGCAGUGGUUUCUACCUUGCACUUUUCCCAUUUUUGCCCAGUCUCUUUCUUAUUGUAGAGUCAUGGCUACUGAGCUGAGGCUAGAGAGGCCUACAGUUCUUUGGAUGUCAUUCUGGGAUUUAGAAUUUUUUUAUGUUUGUGACUUCCUGGAUGUGUUGUCGCUGCACCUUUGAGGAAAAAUUAGCAUGCCGGCCCCUCCUGCAAGGAUUCACCACUGUUCCAUUUGAUGAUUUAAUUUAAUGGCUCUCACUAUAGUUUGGUGGAGGCUUUUUAACGAUUUUCAGACUGACAUAUUUCAAAAGCUUUUUUUCCUCAUUUCUUCUGGAGUUUUCUUUGUGUGCUUGUAGAAACUUUGUGGUGACAAUUUCACUCUGAUGGUGAGAUUCAAUAUGAGUGAGGUUUAGAUUCAGGGAUGGCUAGAAUCAAGCCUGGUUGUGUUCAAUCAGCUGAAUCUAAUCAUCAAUUCAGUUUGGUUAAUUGGUUGAUUGAGUAACUGAGGGGGCGAUUACUUAUGGGUGAUAUGGGUGUUUGAUAUUUUUUUCAUUAAAUAAAUGAAAUAACUUGUUUUGUGUUUACUCAGUUUUACUUUGUUGAAUAUUACAUUUUGUCUAUAGAUCUGAAACCAUUCAGUGUGACAGAUUUGCAAUAAUAGGGGACAUCGGGAAGGGGGCAAAUACCUUUUCACAACACUAUAAAGCACACAAAGGGCUGUUUUAUGAAACGUAAAUUUGAAUGUGUGUCUGUCAUGUAUUUGUUACUGUUAAAGUUAAAUUAUUCCCAUUUUAAUUAAACAUGUAUUAAAAAUACAAA